AACCCAAUCGACCGCAGGUUCCAAUCUUUUGCCCGCGCCUGCGGGCUCUAGCUCCAUCGACCGAUCAUCGGUGGCAGCUGCCGCGGCGGCCCGGAAUGGCGCCGAUACGCGUGCUCACGGCGCUGGACCACGCCCGCACGCAGUACUACCAUUUCAAGGCCAUCAUCAUCGCCGGCAUGGGCCUCUUCACCGACUCCUACGACCUCUUCUGCAUCGUGCCCGUCAUGAAGAUCAUCGGCCGGGUCUACUACCCUUCGCCCGCCGGCCACGCAGGGAGGCCGGGCGUCACGCCGCCCGCCGUCGUGUCCGCCACCGUCGGCGUCGCCCUGCUGGGCGCCGUGGUCGGGAACCUCCUCUUCGGCGCGCUCGGCGACCGCGUCGGCCGGCGGCGCGUCUACGGCCCGUGCCUGCUGCUGCUGGUGUGCAGCUCCGUCGGGAGCGGCUUCUCCAUCUGCCGCACGCGCCGCUGCGUGCUUUCCAGCCUCUGCUUCUUCCGCUUCCUCCUCGGGGUCGGCGUCGGCGGAGACUACCCGCUGUCCGCGACCAUCAUGUCCGAGUUCGCCAACAAGCGCACAAGGGGGGCCUUCAUCGCCGCCGUCUUCUCCAUGCAAGGGUUUGGGAUACUGGCCAGCUCCGGCGUCACCAUGGUCGUCGCCGCCGUGUUCGACCGCUUCACGGGCCACCCGGCCCCGCUUGACACUCCGGAGGCAGCCGACCUCGCAUGGCGCGUCAUACUCAUGGCCGGCGCCGUCCCCGCCGGCCUCACAUUCUACUGGAGGAUGGCCAUGCCAGAAACAGCCAGGUUUACGGCGCUGGUACAGCGCGAUGUGCUCAAGGCGACCAACGACAUGGGCUGCGUCCUCACCGACCUCGACCUGAACGCGAUAUACCAGGGGGAGGACGCGGCGGCCAUGCCCCGUUCCCCGGCGCCGUUCGGGUUCGAGCCGGCGGCCCAGUACGGCCUCUUCUCGCGCGGGUUCCUACGGGAGCACGGACGGAACCUGCUCGGGUGCGCGGCGACGUGGUUCCUGCUCGACAUCCCCUAUUACAGCAGCACCCUGUUCCAGUCCCAGAUCUACCGGCCCUGGUUCCCGCCGGCGAGCCACCAGAACGUCUUCCAGGAGGCGUACAACGUCGCGAGGUUCCAGGCCAUCAUCGCCGUCGCCUCCACCAUCCCGGGGUACUUCGCCGCCGUCCUGCUCAUCGAUCGCACCGGCCGGCGUCGCCUGCAAAUGGGUGGGUUCUUCCUCAUGGCCGCGUUCCUCUUCGCGCUCGCGGGCCCGUACGACCACUACUGGCGCGGCAACGCCAAGAACGCCUGGUACAUUGUGCUCUACGCGCUCACCUUCUUCUCCGCCAACCUCGGGCCCAACACCACCACCUUCAUCCUGCCGGCCGAGCUCUUCCCGGCGCGGUUCCGGUCCACGUGCCAUGGGGUAUCCGCCGCCGCCGGGAAGGUCGGCGCGCUCGUUGGCUCGGUGGGGUUCCUUUGGGCGUCUCAGUCGCGGGACAAGGAUGAUGUGCAGGCCGGGUACGAGCCCGGGAUCGGCAUGAUGUACGCGCUCAUCAUUCUUGGAGCCAUCAGCCUGCUCGGGCUCGUCGUCACCUACCUGUUCACACCGGAGACGAUGAGGCGGUCGCUGGAGGAGAACGAGAGCGAGCGGGAUCAGAACCAGGAUGGCAACGGUGGGAUGUGCUUCCAGGAGCUAAAUCUGACGCCCAAGAGCCCGGGAUCCUUGGUGAGCUCGCACGUCAGCACGUCGCCUAUCCAUCCGCACCGAUUCUCGGUAUGAUGGAACUUUGAAAACUUGACACGGCGCACAAACAGGUUCCGUCUUUCGGUGACUCGCACGUGAAGAAUACAGAUGUAGAUAUUCCUACAAUAAAAUACAGAUGUAGAUUUCCCGCAUGCAUGGCUGUUUCCUUUAAUUGGUUGAGACAAAAUUACAUAGCUCAAAUUUUGUAAAGGUCUGGUCGUAUGUAACUAGCUAUGCUAUUAUGUGUGAGUGGCGGUUAGUUUGAUUGCAA